CUUGAUGACUCUUCUUGCAGAUGCCAUUUAAGGCGACCCUUGAUUCUCAGGCCUCACUACUGAGGAUCGAGGAGAGCUUGUCUCCGGCAUCUCUUGACUCGGUGGUGGUUGUGGAGAGAGAUUUCAAGGGGGAGAAGUAUGCGAGUGCUAGUCCCAUUGAUUCGCCUGAUUGCGUGGAGGCUGAUCAGAUGAUGCAGGGAGCAAUAGAGUGUGAUGGAAACUUUGGAGGAACUCCUUAUGUCCCAAUCUAUGUGAUGCUGCCUACUGGCAUUAUCAACAAUUACUGCCAAUUGGUUGAUCCAGAAGCUUUGCGACAAGAACUAAGGAAUCUGAAGGUUUUACAUGUGGAUGGAGUGGCUGUAAAUUGUUGGUGGGGAAUUGUAGAGGGCUGGAGUCCACAAAAAUAUCAAUGGUCUGGCUAUAGAGAUAUGUUUAAUGUCAUCCGGGAAUUCCAUCUUAAAUUGCAGGUAGUCUUAGCAUUUCAUGAACAUGGAGGGAAUGGAUCUGGUGAUAUGCCUAUAUCCCUUCCCAAAUGGGUCUUGGAGAUUGGAAAAGACAACCAAGAUAUAUUUUUCACUGAUCGUGAGGGGAGGAGGAAUACAGAGUGCCUUUCUUGGGGAAUCGACAAAGAACGUGUGCUCAAAGGAAGAACUGGUAUUGAGGUCUACUUUGACUUCAUGAGAAGUUUCCGGAUGGAAUUCAGUGAUUUAUUUGAAGAGGGCCUUAUUUCUGCUGUUGAAAUUGGACUUGGUGCAUCUGGGGAGCUAAAAUAUCCUUCAUUUCCAGAAAGACUGGGAUGGAGAUACCCUGGUGUUGGUGAAUUUCAGUGCUAUGAUAGGUACUUGCAGCAGAAUCUUCGAAGGGCUGCAAAAUUGAGGGGCCAUGCAUUUUGGGCCAGGGGACCAGAUAAUGCUGGCUAUUAUAAUUCCAGGCCACGUGAAACUGGGUUCUUCUGUGAUCGUGGUGAUUACGACAGCUACUAUGGACGGUUCUUUCUUCGUUGGUAUUCACAAACUCUUAUAGACCAUGCAAAUCAAGUGUUAUCACUCGCAAACCUUGCAUUUGAAGGGACACAACUAGUUGUGAAGAUUCCAUCCGUUUAUUGGUGGUACAAGACUUGCAGUCAUGCUGCUGAGCUAACAGCAGGAUUCCACAACCCUACAAAUCAGGAUGGUUAUUCUUUGGUCUUCGAUAUGCUCAAGAAACACUCUGUGACAAUAAAAUAUGUUUUCUCUGGACCUCAAGCUUCUUCCUUAGAGAACGAUGAUGCAUUGGCCGAUCAAGAAGGUUUAACCUGGCAGGUGUUGAAUUCUGCCUGGGAUCGAGGCCUUAAUGUAGCUGGUCAAAGUGUUCUUCACUGCCAUGAUAGGGAGGCAUGCAUUAAAGUCCUCGAAACUGCAAAGCCAAGAAAUGAUCCUGAUCAUCAUCACCUUACCUUCUUCGCUUACCAGCCCCCAUCGCUUGUCUCUGUGCAGGGAGAUACCUUCUUGCCUGAACUAGAUAAUUUCAUCCGAUGCAUGCAUGGAGAAAAUUCUGAUUAUAUUGAAGCUUGAUGCACAGAUGAAAACCGAGAAAACCAUCUAACUGGCGGUAAGGGUACUUGAAAAGCUCGUGCAUUCUUUGUUAACAAGGUAAAGAAAACAUCGGCAUUAUUAAGUCCUACGAAUUGUUUCCUUUUUGUGCGGACUACUUUUCACUGCUCGUUAACUUUCUUUGAAUAUGACCCUGAUGUAUGGACGAGCCUUUAACAUGGAUCCUCUACUGUAUCAUUCUCUUGUUAAUAUAUGAGCUUCACUAAUACUGAUGUACGGCUUAUACUUCGUUAUUAUUGUCUCCAUAUUCAUAUUUUUUUUCCCCACCAUUUUGUAUGUGAAAUUGUAUUCCAGCUUUCCUAAGUUGCUACGUGCCAACAAGUAUUAAUCAGCAGGUACUAUUUGGAUUAUAAUAU